GGCAGGGAUGGUUCACACAGAGCUCUUGCUCAAUUCGUAGUUGCAUGUUACUGGCAAGUCGGGAUCGACUAUACCAAGCAGAAAAAGUCUGGGGCGCAAUCCACGAAUAAUGGAAUUAUUUCGUUUUUCAGUUAGGCUGACUUUUUUCAUUGCGUUGUUUCUUUCGAGUGAUGGUGUACCACGAAAUUGCACUUGUAACAAUAAGGUGUGCAAAGCUGCUUUUAAGUUUUCUUCAGAUUUCCAGACAUCUAAACAACUAUGCCAAGAUAUGGGAGGCCAACUAAUAACAGUGCCAUCGAAGGCUGCGAGUGAUCUUGUUAGAGACUUGCUCAUGGAUAUGCACGGGGAUUUCUGGAUAGGUCUGCGUCUUCCCGACUUGCAAUGUACAAAUGAUAUGUCGCCCUUGAAAGGGUACAUCUGGACAUCUGGCUCGCAAACCACGGAGUUUACUAAUUGGGGAAGCAAAGAGACGGUGUGCGCUCCAAGUUGCGUAUCUAUCUCUGCUGACCUAACAUGGACUGAGAAACUGUGUAAGGUCCAAAGCGAUGGGUUAUUGUGUGAAAAUGUCCCGGAAGACGUUUGCUUUGACUUUAAAUUGGAGGAACCGGAGUACAGUAUCUUCUACUAUGACACCAAUGGCUGUCUAUCAGGCGCGUGUGAACAUCGUUGCACUGGGGUAGAUCAUGGGUUUAAGUGUUCGUGUUUUCCGAACUUUGUAAUCAACAGGAAAGAUCAAAGGCGAUGUGUAAUUAAAUGUACUUCAGAAAGCUGCGCUGCGGAUUGUGUGGGCACGUCCUGCUCUUGCCCGGAUGGUUACAUAUUGGAUCAAGAAAAUGUUUGUCUGGAUAUCGAUGAAUGUGAACAAGGCAGUUGUCAUGAUGCCCAUUGUUUUAAUACACUCGGUGAUUACGAGUGUUCAUGCAGAAAUGGUUUCAGACUUGUGGGCAAGGAUAGAUGCGUCAAGUCUGAUGAGAGUGACUUGUUACCUAAUAUUGACUUGUUAACUAAUAGUGUCAUUCACACACCGUCUGUAAAUUACACUACGGGCCAUGCAUCUGCAGGAGCCUCAGGCAAGUUCAUUGGUAUCAUACUUUUGAUCUUGGUGGGCAUUGUCGCAGUUAUGUUUUUUGUACGUUACUGGAAACAAAAAAUGGAUGAGCCCAACAUCAGUUCAACAUCUGAUAGAGACUGUAUGCAAAGUAGUUAUAGCUGAAGAGCCUUGUUGGCAUCUUUGCUUAAAAGCACAUGAACAUGUAAUGGUUCUAUAACAGCUGUGUAACACUGCCAACUCAUCUGUCUGGGCUACUGUCUGUCAUUAAUUUGAGCUCAUUCUUAUAUUUUUCAUGUUUAUUUCAUUUCUCUUUUAUUUUUCUUUAUAUCUCAUUUUAUUCACUAGAGCCUUUGAUAAGUUGGUCCAUAUUUAUUUUCCAAAAUAGAAUUGACUUGCAUUGCUGGAUUUCAGUGCAUUGGUAGAGAAUUGUUCUGUCAGAGUAACAAGCAUACACCUGUUUAUCAGCAGGCCUGGGUAGAGGCUCAGAAGAUCUCUUCAGGAUUUGCAUUGAGCUCGGAUACCAACAUAAAUAUCCAUCAGUUUAGGGUAUUUAGCAUCAAUUACUGAAUACAUUUAUGUUGUAUUUAAUGUAUUUUAUAUAUCCAAUCAAGAAGACAACCUUGCCAUAGAGCAUUACUCUAAGCUCACAUAACUGCAAUUAGUGUCCUUCUUGAACAUUGGUACAUGCACGAAGGGCAGUGCCUUAACAAGUCAGAGAAGUGUUCAAUGUCUGACUACAGUAUAUGCACCAUAAUGCAAAAUGUGUUCAAUUGCAAACGCAGAAAGUAGACAAAUGAACAGACACGGCAUGAGCUUCAAAUUCUGGAUUGACACAUUUCAGAAUUUUUUAAUGGUUAUUUUUCAGAGAAAUUAUGUAUUUUGAUCUGUUUAAAACAUAUGAUAGAUGACCAUAUAAUUAUGAUACAUUGGUCAUGUAAUUAAAUAUUUGCUCGGGAGCUACUGGUUUGCAGACGUUUUUGUUGUUAUUUGAUACAUUGAGUAAAGGUUAAUGAACACAUGAACUGAAUUUAACUGAAUAGUAAUGUAUUGAAGACAUUUUGAUGAACAAUUACUCAGACUUGCAAGUAUGUGGAGGUCAAUAGACAGUGCAGUAGAACUUGAUGUUGUGUUUACUGAAUGUCAAAUCAUACGUAUAGCCUUAAUAAAGCCUCUGCAUGUUUUUGGGUUAAGAAAAAAAAAAUCCAACCUAUGCAUCAGCCCUGCUAACAGAGGAGACCUUGUUCAUGUGGAUUGAUUUGAAAGCACUGAUGGAGGGUUUUGAAACAUUUUUUCAGAGGAGAGAGAAACAGACUUGAUUUUACUCAGUUUGUUAUUUUAUCUACCUAACAAGCUGGGUUUAAAACUAUCUCCAGGAGUUGUGAGCUUGAGUUUGUGUAUUAACUACAGUUUGAGUUCAAUACUUCAACCCAAUUUUAUUAUAAGACAAAUCAUUAUUAUGAUACGGUAUACUGAUGUUAUCUUGAUUGUUCUUUUUCAUUUCCUUCUUGUCCCCCUGUUGGUUACUUUGAUUACAAAUUAUUUGGUUAACUUGAUCCAUCGUCUAAAAUUACUAUCCAUUACAUGGAACAAUCUCUAUCUUAUUAAUUCAGAGCUAUCAACGCUGAUGAUGAAGAUGCCAUUGCUUUAAAGACUAUAGAAAAGCUGGUGCGUUCAGCACAGCACUUGUUCCAGGCUUCAGGUUCAGUUCUCCGGCUGCACUCCCUUUCCAGCAUCCCUGUCGGCUACAUCCGCACUUGAAAAGGAUGUCAGAGAGUCACAAUCUUCAGGUUAGAAACUUCAGAGGAGAGCAGACAACCUUGGCCUGUAUACAUACACAGGGGCAGGGCCUUCCUGAUGAAGAGCUGGAGCCUUUUCUCCAUGGAGCACAGGAAGCCCACACCAUGCCCUUCCAGAAUCCCAACGACAUUCCUAUUCUCUGAGCAACAGACACACGCGCACACACACACACACACACGUGCAAAAACAGUCAUGCACUCACAUCACACCUUUCUCUCUCUUUCACACACAGACCUGAGUGUGAGAGUAAUGCUCUACCAGACAGACCUGAGUCACAAAAACAUUGAGUUAAAAAAAUCAUGUUAUGUACUGCAGUAAUGUAUUGCAAUAAAUAAGACAUGUAAAAUAAAAAUGAGAGACCUGAUUGAGCCAUUAGG